AUGGCUUCAAGUAAAAACAGUGACAUCGGUACAAGCAGUUAUGCUGAAGUGAUUAAAUCAACCAAAGGCAAGUGCAAAAUAAACAUUGAUGGGUUCCUGUAUAUCAAAGACAAAAAUCGUGAUGAUGUGUAUUAUUGGAUUUGCGAACGCAAAUCACAAAAGGAAACAAAAUGUACUGCAAGAGCAACUACAAUUCGUACUGGAGACCAGCAUAAGAUUCACAAAUUUGAUGCUCAGCAGCACAAUCAUGCUCCAGAAGCAAGCAAACCUGAAGUUUUGAAAGCCUGCAAUCAAAUGAAGGAGCUGGGUCAAAUUAGCAACGAUCAACCUGCACGAAUCAUUAACGAUGUUAUUGCUACAACAUCGCGUGAAAUACAACCAUGUUUACCACGAAAAGAUGCCGUAAGACAACAAAUCAAAAGAGCAAGACGUGUUUGUGAUGAAGAACUUGAACCAAAAACUUUGGACGAUUUUAAAUUACCAGAUGCGUACUCUAUUACACUCAAUGGAAUACAUUUUGCAAAAAACAUUACCGAAGGAACUGAAAGAAUUUUGCUGUUCACAACAGCUGAAAAUCUUAAAUGGUUGCAAGAAGCGAAGUUUUGGAUUAUGGAUGGAACGUUUAAAACUGUUCCAACGUUAUUUCGGCAAUUGUACAGCAUUCACGCGCCUGCAGGUGGAAAUAUUAAUUUCCGAAUUGUUCCAUUAGUUUACGCAUUAAUGACGAUGAAAAGCGAAGAAUUAUAUGAAAAAUUAUUUCAAGAAUUAAAUGAAAUGGCAGAAGAACAUGAAUUGGAAUUAAAGCCAGACUUUAUAUUAACUGAUUUUGAACAAGGUUAA